CACCAUGGACCGCGCCCUUUUAGAGCCACCUAUGUCGGAGUCCUCCUCGUCCUCGAGCUCCGCCGGAGUUUCUCCCUCCCCUCCUCCAGACUCGGAGAACAAGGAGGUCUUCGAGUCCAUCUACAAGGGCCGUAAGAGCUGGAAGACGACCAAAAAUGGAGAGAUGGUAUGGCCGCCGAACCUUGAGGCUGCUCUCAUAGAAGGUCUUGAGCUAUAUGUGCCAGACGACUCAAGAGAGACGCGCCUGCUGGGCCGCUUUCCUAUGCGAAAUCGCUUCAUUUCCGACCACAUCUUCAAGAAGACUGGGCAACGACGCACACCCAAGCAAGUGGGGAGUAGACUGCAGCAGCUGCGAGAUACGUGCGCGGGGAAAAAGCUCCAGGGUCUACUCGCGCCUUGCAAGCCCCCACCAAGACCGCGCCCGAGGACGCGAGCCGUCGACUCCUUCUACACCAACGGUUUCCGCAGUGACUCAGGCAGCCCGCCUUGCAGCGACGCGUCUUCGCCGCCCGUAACGCCCACGGACGGCGCGUUCGCUGAUCAUCAGCGCCUUGGAGGCGCGGCGCCCGUGAUAUACAUCGACGUCCUCCCGAAGGGUUCUUUUUCACCUUAUGACGUCGCCGGCGGCGGCGCACCCCCACCAUGCAACUGCUGCUCUACCUCGCCCUGCACCAACACGUUCGGUCCUCGACACUCCCCGCGUCCUAUACAAUGGAUCGACCCGACUAUCACCUUUGUAUCUCCUCGCAUUAUAGCUGCCGAAUCUCGAUACAUCGUCCGGCACCAUGGACGUACGAUAUUCGUCGAGUCGGCUUCGCUCACCCUCAAGGACCUUCCGGAAGACCAAAAUGAUUCCGGCGGCUUCCUUUACAGCACGCCUUUCGUGCCCGGAUUCUGGUCAACUAUCGUGCAAGCUCCAGACCCUCGCGAGUAUAGCGUCACUCAUCAAGUGCUCGAGGACGUCGACGACGACGGCGCGCUGCCGCUCUUAUUCCACUCAAUGUAUCGCUUCCGCUACCCCAUCGAGGAGCACCUCGCGGGCGCGUACUCGCAGCAAGAGUCGUGGUCCGCCCCGAAACCGACGAUGGAAGACAUGAACCCACACAUCGACCCCUCAGCCAUGUUGCCGAUGGACAGCGCCCCCACCUCCACCUUCUUCACCGGACUUAAUCCGUACAGCAACGCGGUGGGCGGCGAAGCGUACAGCUGGUCAUCUCAUCCGUCAUCUGCACCCGAAGUGCCCAUGUUCUACGCUGGUGGCGGCGGCUUCGACAUGCAGGCUUCGGCGACUGCGCAUUUGAACGAUCCAUCCCGAUAUGGCAUAUAGCUCCCGUUCUUUCGGACCUGAUCUGGUAUCACUCAGGCGAGUGGCCCAUCCUCUUCCCGGCGCUCUGCGAACUUGCUUUCCCUGCAUGAUGAGACUGUACUGCAUAUACCAACUACCCUGCACUUUAUCUCAUUUCUUGAUUAAUGAACUCCUUUGGAACAUGUGCCUGUAUGUACCGACUUCCAACACUUCAUCUACUGUUGCACGCCACCCUGAGCGCCGUAUUUACUCUUACUGUAUUCACUAUUCAGUGCCGUCCUUGACUUAAUCAGAUACCCCAAGGACGGUGAACCAAAGUUGCAUGCGAAUAGAACCGAAGCGAAGACAAAUAAAUGCAUUUCCAGAACGA